AUGGCAAGCAGAUUAACUACACAAAUAAGAAGUGGCCAAUAUACAGAUAGAGAUGGAUAUGAAAAAACAAGAUUGUUAUCAAGUUUAGUUCCUUCUUACACUUCUAAGGAAAUCAGAGAGUUUGGAAUCACAAUAGAUAAUAAUGCAUGGAAUCGUGCAAUUCAACACGUACAUAAGUAUGGUGCAGGUAGACUGAUUAAUGCAGAAGAGAUCAGCAAUUGGAGAUCUAAAUUUACACACAAUGGACAAAUGACAAGAAGACAAAGAACCACGAUGCUAAGGACAGCCGUCGAAGGUUACUUCAAUAUGAAAGAUAUAACUGAAGAAUCAAGUAAAAACAUGAGGUUGUACAGCAAAGAACUCGACGCAGAUGGUAAACGAGCAUUCGAGUUGGUGCCAAUCAAGAACCUUGCUUUAGGAAACAUAAAUACCUGCUUUUCAGAUUACCUCAAGAAGAGUAAAGUUGAUCAAGUCAAGUAUCCACUCAUGGGUAGAAGUGCAUUUUACAGUUUCGUACCAGAGUAUGUCAGAGAAAUGAAGAAUCGAACCGACAUGUGUCCAAUGUGUGUUCAGUAUCAGGCUCUCGAGUCAAAACGAAUUAAGUUUGGGCAACUUUCAGAUCAAGAUCAUAAACUGUUUGAAAUCUUGACUAUUCACAAGAUGUUUGUUCAGCAAAGAAAGAAUGAUUAUUUGACAUGUAAAAAUGAGUUAAAGGCAGGAGAGUGUAUUAUUCUCUGUGAUUUUAAAGAGAAUAUAUCAUUAGGUAAAUCCAAAGUGCAAGUAAGCCAUGAAUUUUACCAACAACCUGCUCGUACCUUCUUUGGAAUGGUCCUCUUCUAUAAGCAAGGUGACAAGCUGAAGAUUCACUACUAUGACUGUCUUUCACAAGUACUUAAUCACUGUUCGACAUUUGCAAUUUCAUGUCUCGACAAAUUAAUCAAUGAUCCAUUAUUCACCAGUCUAAAUAUCAACAAAAUUACAUUUUGGUGUGAUAAUGCUAGACACUUCAAGUCAAAUGAAAUACUUUCAUAUAUGCAUACAUUGUCAAAGUUGCAAGUAGCUGAUCCAAACACUCCAAACAAAACCAAAAGAAAGUAUCUCGUCGAAUUGAAUACUUUUGCACCCUAUCACGGAAAGAGUGAAUGCGAUCAACAUUUUUCAAUGGUUUCUAGAGCGAUAGCAGACAAGUCGAGUUUCAAAGAUUCAAUCUAUACAGAUCAAGAUGUUAUCAAUGCAAUCAAGAGUACCACUGACAACAACAACUAUCAAAGAACAUACAAAUUGACCUCUGAAUCAGAGAAGGAAGCUGUUACCAUCAAAGUAACAGUCGAAAUUCAUAACCCAAAGGAAUUGAAACAGAAAGAAAUAAAGAUCUUUCCUGGUUUUACAGAGUAUCAUCGUUUCCAGUUUUUAGAUAAUAGAUCAAUGCGUGCCAAUAAACAUUACAUUAAAUUCAUGGGUGGAAAUGAAGUUGACAAAAUGACUAUCUACAAAUAUUCUGCUAUGAAAAGUCAAGUUGGUAAAGAGACUACAAUUUCCAAAGGCUACGAAUCGACCACCAAGGAGGAGGCACAGUCUUGGAAACCAGCUCGAGAUAAGGCACAUACCACCUAUCUAAACACCAUGAUAGAAAUGAAUGAGAUUGCCAAGAAUGUAGACGAAUCAAAUAAGGAAAAGGCAAAAGAGAUGAGCGAUAUUAUAAAUACUUAUGCCAAUGUAACAUCUAAAUUAGCUCCACAACCCACACCUUCAAGAACACAACAAAUUGUUUCGUCACCUCAGUCACCAUCUCAACCAACACUUUCAAAUUCACAAGCUGCUUCUACUUCAUCUCAAUCUUCACCAAAACCAGCUACCACAACUACACCAGACCAAACACUCUCUGGUACAAACAAAAGAAGAAGAGGCUACAGAGGAACAAAGAAAUCAAAAACAGACUAA